CCGCAGAGGAAACGCAGGUGUUGCCGAAGGUUUGAGCUCCGCCCUUGACAGGUCCUUCUGUUUAGCAUUCCGCGCGGCCAGGCAGCCAGCAACAAUGGCGUUCCGGUGUCAGCGGGACAGCUAUGCUCGAGAGUUCAGCACCACCGUGCUUUCCUGCCGCCCUGCAGAACUGCUGAUUGAUGAUGGUUCUGGAAACCACAAGAACAAGGAAAAGCUAAGCGGCUACCACGUGGUAUUGGAAGAUACAUUACUCUUCCCCGAGGGCGGGGGCCAGCCUGAUGACCGAGGUUCCAUUGACAACAUCCCAGUGCUAAGAGUGACCCGCCGGGGAUCUGAAGCAGAUCAUUUCCUGCUUACUCCCCUGGCACCAGGGAGCCAGGUCCAAGUGCAGCUGGACUGGGAACGGAGGUUUGACCACAUGCAGCAGCAUUCAGGGCAGCAUCUUAUCACAGCUGUGGCUGACCACCUGUUUGGGUUGAAAACCACAUCGUGGGAGUUAGGACGCUGUCGGAGCACAAUAGAGCUGGAUAGCCCCAUGGUCCUCCCAGAACAGAUAGUUGCCAUUGAGCAGAGUGUCAACGAGAAGAUCCGCAGUCGGUUGCCUGUGAUUGUGAAGGAACUGAGCCCAGAUGAUCCUGAGGUGGAGAAGGUAAGGGGCCGGGGCUUGCCAGAUGACCAUGCAGGACCUAUCCGUGUCAUCACCAUAGAGGGUGUCGACUCCAAUAUGUGCUGUGGUACCCACGUGGGAAACCUCAGUGAUCUGCAGGUCAUUAAGAUCCUAGGUACUGAGAAGGGGAAGAAGAACAAGACCAACAUAGUGUUUCUAACAGGCAACCGAGUACUAAAGUGGAUGGAGAGAAGCCAUGGAUCACAAAAGGCUCUGACCUCAUUACUCAAGUGUGGAGUGGAGGAACAUGCAGAGGCUGUUCAGAAAUUGCAGAACUCGGCCAAGCUGCUCCAGAAGAAUAACCUGAAUCUCCUCAGGGACCUGGCCGUUCUCACUGCCCACAGUCUUAGGGACAGCCCAGACAGGGGAGGAAUGAUUGUAUUACACAGGAAAGAUGGUGACUCUGAGUUUAUGAACAUCAUUGCCAAUGAGAUUGGGAUAGAGGACACCCUUCUCUUCUUAACUGUGGGGGAUGAGAAAGGUGCUGGGCUCUUUUUACUUGCUGGGCCAGUUGAGGCAGUGGAUAUGUUGGGCCCAAGGGUAGCUGAAUUGCUACAAGGCAAAGGAGCUGGGAAGAAAGGCCGCUUUCAGGGCAAGGCCACCAAACUCAGUCGGCGGGUAGAGGUACAGGCCCUUCUCCAGGACUAUCUCAGUAGUCAGAGUGCUGAGGAAUAGCAGCUCCUGCCCUUGUAUUCUUCCCAGGCCUUUCCUUUCCUUAGGACCAGACAGCAUGUGGCCAUGGAAAAAUUUUGCUUUCUUCCAGACAAUAAAAUGACUUUAAAUGGAAAA